UCGGCCCUCAUCCAUCAAUUACUGUCGAUCACAGCAGUAAAAAAAUAAAAUAAUUGAAAAGAAAUCCACAGACACAACGGCUGACCCGGAAACGGCCCACCCAACCCAACCCACGGUCUCUGGAAUCUCUUUCUCUUGUGGGCGAAGACGUAGUCGUAGUUGUAGUUGUAGAUAGUCGUUGUCCAAGUCGUAUUCCUUCCUUAAACAAUCUCAAACACUAUUCUCCCAAUAAAACAAAAAUGGCUGGGAUCCGAUUGCAGCCGCCGGAGGAUUCUGACCUUUCUCACCAGACCCGAGCUACUCCUCCCGCCGCCGAUCUCGUUUCCGACGACGACCGCUCCAUCGCCGCCGACUCUUGGUCCAUCAAGAGCGAGUACGGUAGCACGCUCGAUGACGACCAGCGCCACGCCGACGCCGCCGAAGCCCUUUCAGUCGGCAACUUCCGCGCCGCCUCUGAUUACAGUUCUGACAAGGAUGAACCAGAUUCUGAAGCAGAGGCAUCAAUGUUAGGUCUUCAGAGUUAUUGGGAUUCCGCAUAUGCCGAUGAGUUGACUAAUUUCCGCGAACAUGGCCAUUCCGGUGAAGUUUGGUUCGGAACUGAUGUCAUGGAAGUUGUUUCUUCUUGGACCAAAAGCUUAUGCAUUGAUAUUUCUAAAGGUCACCAUCCAAAUCACGUUGAUGAAACAUCUGAUUCUGUUGAAUAUGGUGAUAAAUAUCUUACUUCUUGGAGUGUCUUGGACAUUGGGACUGGAAAUGGUUUGCUACUUCAAGAACUAGCCAAGCAAGGGUUUUCGGAUCUAACAGGAACUGACUAUAGUGAUGGAGCAAUUGACCUUGCUCGAAGGCUUGCUCAGCGUGAUGGAUUUGUUAAUAUUAAUUUCUUGGUUGAUGAUGUUCUUGACACGAAGCUGGGCCGACAGUUUCAACUUGUGAUGGAUAAAGGAACUUUAGAUGCCAUUGGACUGCAUCCAGAUGGGCCUAUUAAAAGGAUGAUGUAUUGGGACUCGGUUUCAAGAUUAGUUGCUAAAGGAGGAUUAUUGGUGAUCACGUCCUGCAACAACACAAAAGAUGAAUUGGUAGAAGAAGUUGAAAGUUUCAACAAAAGAAGCAUCGGUAUCUCCCAGGAAGCUGAAGAAUCCAACAAGGACCAGGAAGCGAGCAAGGUGGUGCCUCCAUUUCAGUAUUUUAGUCAUGUUCGCACCUAUCCAACUUUCGAGUUUGGUGGUUCUGUAGGAUCACGGGUUGCCACAGUUGCAUUUAUCCGUAAUUAGUGUGAAUUUCUAGUUUUUGUUGUUGUUAUAAUGUACUGGUUUGAUACAUUCCAAAACAUUUAUGCAUGUGAGAAAGAUUGGAUUUACUGGACUUCUCAUAUUCGUUGGUAAGCAGCCCUGAAAUCUGUUGAUUCAUUCGAAAGGUUCAAAUGACUUCUUCCUACCUUUUUCUUUAACCCUCCUCUUCACUUUACUAUUUGAUUUCUGAUGUACUCAACCCUCCUAAGGGGGAGUGAUUAGCAAUUUGCUAUUACACUUUACAAUCAUUUAUUACUACCAUGUGAAAGAUAUAUAAUUAUCAUUUUGUUUUCAAA